CAUUUUUGAACGAGUCAUCCUUCUUUUUUUCUCUCUCUUCUUUCCUUUUGGGGUUGUAUUCCUUCACUUCUCAGUGGCCGGCCACUUUUAAACUUUUGGGUUGUCAUUGAACUUUAUCGGCUGGUUUCUGUCGCGGUCCUUUAUGUUCAGUUAAACUUGAAGCUCUCUCGACACCACCCUUGUCUACCUUUUCAUAAUACAACACCAUCUAUUCUCCCAUCUCACCUUUCGCUUAAGCUCGACAUCAAGGCGACAAAGAGUCUCACCAAAAGCCAAGAUGCAGCACUCAAUCUUCACCAACCUCUUCCUAGCAGUCUCCCUCAUGAGCACCGCCGCCUUCGGUAAAGCAAUCGAGGUUCCAGCCCCGGGCCCCGCCGUCGUCGUCCGCCAGACAAACCCCACGACGCCCGCCCAGUCAACCAUCAUGUCGUGCGGCGAGUACUCCCGCAUCGCCAACCUCUCUACCGUCGGCGCAAACAGCACCUACCGCGCCACCUUUUUCGAGGCCUCGCCCAACGGCAAUCAGUUCAACGCCGAGGUCCUCGACACCGCCAUCCUCAAGCUGCCGACCGUCAUUAUGGACCGCGCGCUGAACGAGGCCUGCGGAAACCUGACGGCGCUGGCGAUCCAGGAGGCUGCGAACAACUUCUCGAUCCGCACCGUGUUGCAGUUUUCAAACAUCCCGCCUGCUGAGCCGCUCGAUACCUCUACGCACAUCAUCUUUGUCUGUGCUGGUGCGUUGUUCUUCAUGAGUGGAAUCUGGGUGGCCAUGCCGUGAGAGAAGCCGUCUCGAUAUAGUGCUGGGGGGUUUGAGGAGGAAGUUGAUGGGGAAGAUGGAGGCAGGGGGAGGGAGGGAGUGGGAGAGAGGACCGAUGUUCAAAUCACCCGGAUUCUACAGACCUAAUGCAUCCUACCUGAACCCAGCUUUGAAAUGCGGAUUGACUCUGAGUCGGAAUGGGACUUGAGAGAUAUGCUUAGCGUGGUGUUGAACAUGAAUGCCAUUACGAUACCCAAUUAAAGUCACUUACUUUGGCCG